CCGGAUCUUUCCUCUCAUUAAAAAUGUAAACUAUAUUAUAGCUGCUUUUCUCACUCCUUGGCCAGUACAUUGACACCUCCACUCAGCAAGCCUAACUUGUCUCCUACAUCUGUGCAAAUUCAGGUCUCUACACAAAAAUGUGGAAAAUAUUAUAUUUAACUGUUAUUGGAGUCUUCAUCCUAGUGAUCAAUGGUCAGGACUAUGACAUUGAGAAAAUGGAAAAAUGUCCAUGUGCAAAUGAUGUCAUCGGAGCCUUUUUAGAGUCUGUGAACAAAAAUGAUCUUGAAGUUGACAAUGGGCAAAAACUAAAAUUAAGAUUAUGGAAACAAAGAAAUGACAACUGCACAGCUCAUGUUCUGAAUAAGUCCCCAAAGCCAGGACAAAUAGAAAUUCGUAUGGUGUAUCAUGGAAGUGUAUAUACUGAAGCACAGGGUCAGGGUCAAGAUGUUGGAGACCAGAAUGGAGGAGUAGAUAUUGGACAACAGCAAGAUAUGGACAAUGGACAACAGCAAGAUAUGGACAAUGGACCACAGCAAGAUAUGGACAAUGGACCACAGCAAGAUAUGGACAAUGGACAACAGCAAGAUAUGGACAAUGGACAACAGCAAGAUAUGGACAAUGGACAACAGCAAGAUAUGGACAAUGGACAACAGCAAGAUAUGGACAAUGGACAACAGCAAGGAGCUGAAGAUACUGGAUUAUUGCAAGACAAAGAUAUUGAACAACUACUAGCAAAUACAUAUUUGGAACAAUUGCAGCAAAGUAUGAGACUACUGGAACAAAUUAUGGAUGUUGGACAAGAGCAAGCAGGUGUAGAUACUGAACAAGAACAGUCACAGCUAUUGAAUGGCUUAGGAAAUGGGAGUGAGAACAACGACUAUUCAGCUGAGUUUAUAUUUACAGUGGAUGUGAAUACAGGAAAACUCACUGAUUCUACAGGCUCUAUGACAGGUGAAAAAAGAAGAAAGCGGGAGAUCAUGCCCUUUGAGACGGUUAUAAUCUCGAUAACAGUUAAAUAUGAGAAGAAGCAACAUUCUGAUGUUGGUGCAAGCAACGAUCAGAUAAAACUUCUGUUAAGAAAUGCACUGGAUGAUUAUUGGCUAAAAAUGACCUUUUGCUUACUUGAUGUUCAACAAUGAGCCAAUGAAAAUAAAGUUUGAUGUAAAAAACAAACCAAAAAAACCUGGAUGGAACUGCAAAUCCCUUCAUACUGAACACCUUAAACCCUAAACAUCUGAUUUAUGAGUUUGUAAACCAAUCUCUACACCCUCUAUUCCCGCCUAAACCAAUCCUGCUUUAUAAAUGGACUUUAUGCUUAUUGAAUAAAACAUAGAAUAAAUUAAAUAUUUCA